UAAAUGAACUUUCCCACGACAUUCUAAUUUAUUGAGAUGCACCUGAAUAUGCAGUAUUACCUAGCAGAUGCAUGGCAACAUAAGGCACUUGCUUUUUAUAUGUGACCCUGGACCACAAAAAUCAUUAGGAUAUUAAGUAAAGAUCAUGUUCCAUGAAGAUAUUUUGUAAAUUUACUAGCGUAAAUAUAUCAAAACUUAAUUUUUGGUUUGUAAUGUGCAUGGCUAAGAACUUCAUUUGGACAAUUUUAAAGCAAUUUUCUCAAUAUGAGAAACCCUCAGAUUCCAGAUUUCAAAUUUCAAAUUUGUAUCUCAGCCAAAUAUUGUUCUAUCCUAACAAAAGCUUAUUUAUUCAGCUUUCAGAUGAUGUAUAAAUCUAAAUUUCAAAAAUUGACCUUUAUGACUGGUUUUGCGGUCCAGGGUCACAUGUUUUUUCCUAAUUUGCUACCAAUCAGUGUGCUUAUGCUGAUGGUCAACACCUCUAAAUCUCAUUUUGGUAAACCUGGAUUUCUUUCUGGAAUCGUGGUUACAUUCUACUACUCUCUUGCUGGUUAUAUGGCUCUGGGUCACACAGGUUGUGCCAAUGAAGGCUUCUUUGCUACAAUUGGAGGCCAGGUUUCUCUUUGGUCUUUGGUUGUGCUUAUUGUGAUAUGUAAGCCAUUAUGGAGCUUCAAAUUCUCUUCAAACCAUGCAAUAGCAGGAAUAAUUUUCACGCCGUUCAUGACCUGUAGCUGUUCAGUGCCUCCAUUUUUAGGCUGGUCCAGUCAACUGUCUUCAACAAGCAUAAGUUCACAUGGAUCAAUCUUCUCUCCAUGCCUUGGAACAUUUUACUUUAAAGAAGACCUGACCUGAUAAUUUUUUGUUAAUGCAGACUAUAGGUAUACAUCACAUUUGGGCUCUGUACUCUUUAAAUAAAUAGAGCAUGGGUAGAUUAGUUUUUGCAAAUGCUCAACAUAUGGUUUAUCUCAUGUCUCUCCACCUAUGCUUCAAAACAAGGUAUAGCUCACCACUAAAUCUAAACAUAAGCCUCUUUUGUAGACAUCAUCACAUGACCAGAACUGUUUAAACCCACCCAAGGGUUCAGUGAGAAACAUAAUAGUAAUGACUUUUUUAAGUCAACGACAUCAUGCCUGAUUCUAUUAAUAUUAUUGUUUUUAGCUGCUUUGUCAGCUUUUCCGUAUAAAUUAAACCUUUAAACAUGACAUUUAAUUCUAGGUUUUAGAUUUUAUAUAAAGUAAUAAGAAAUGCAUUUCCUAAAUUAUGAGACUACAAAAUUGCAAUGCUUAUGAUAAGCUAUACCUUGAAGUUAUGUGCAUUCAUGGAAAACUGUAAUUUAAUAAAUAUAGAAAAAAUGAUAAAAUAAAUAUAAAAUAAAAUGGAUGAAUAAAUACAUACACAUAAAUAUAGUACUACAUUCAUCAUUGUUUGUAAACCCUCGCUAUCUUAUUUGACUAUCUACCCUUCUAAUAAUUCUUACAUCCUUAAUGUCUUUCUUCAUUGGAAAUGUUUGUGCUUUGGAUUUUGAG